AUGGACCACAUUCGAAAUUGCACUCCAGAAUUCCAAGGUCUAAAGAUUCAUAUUCGAUGCUAUUACAAUCCCACUUCUGCCAAUCAAAAUGGUCCAAUCAUAUUGUUUGAUUCUGGUCUCCCAUUCUUCUCAACAGCAUGGGUACCAAUCAUUCCAUCAGUACUUGCCAAUAUGUCCUCUUGGAAGAUUAGUAAAGCUUGCUUCGUUGAUCGAUACGGAUAUGGUUGGUCAAGCCCGUCACCAGUGCCAAUCACCACUCAAGAAUAUGUAAGACGUCUUCGUGGUUCACUCAAAGUAGCUGGACUGACAGGAAAGUAUAUCCUCGUUGGAUGGUCUUGGGGAUCGAUAUUUGUUCAAACCUACUCAUUGACCUAUCCAGACGAAGUAGUUGGAAUACUCAGCAUCGAUGGAACAGAUAGUAAAUGGGGAUUGAUUCCUUCCAACCAAGAAGCAGUCAUCAAACUAACAGAAGUAGUAACAAAGUACAUCCAAAUGAACAGCAAAGGUGAUCUGAGAGAAUUAGCAAACAAAGGAGAAAUCCCAAACUUCUAUGGAUGGUUAUCAUCUCAAUUAAUAUUGGAAGGAUUCCCACAAGAUUCACUCACAGCAUCACAAGACAUAUUUUUGGAUAGUUCCAACAAAUUCCUCAAUACGGCGAUUCAAGAAUACAGCAUUAUGAUCACUUCUACGACCGUCCUAAAUAUUAUUCUAACCCUUAAAUCUUCACCAACACCAUUCAAGGAUCUCCCCUAUGUAAAUAUCUACAGUAUCGACAAAGAUCCAGAAUGGGCAGAGCGUCAACAAUACAUGACCUCUCUCUCAUCCAACUCUGAAUGUAUCGAAUAUUCAACAGGCCAUUUUUUUCCACUCAACAAUCCAACAGCCAUCAUAUCAGGAAUUGAUAGACUUGUCAAAAAGAUAAAAACAAAUCCUGUUCGCUUAUUGAAUCUCGAAAAAAUUAAUAAUAAUAAUAAUAAUAAUAAUAAUAAUAAUAAUAAUAAUAAUAAUAAUAAUAAUAAUAAUAAUAAUAAUAAUAAUAAUUUUAUUAUCUCUCCUCGUAGAAGACAAUAA